AUGACCAAUGGAAAUACCUCUAUUCAGCUGGAAAGGGAAGAUCUUAUGGAACCUGACAUCAAAAAAGGAGCAAGUCCAGCUAAAACAGCAUCCAGCACGAUAAAACAAACCAAGAACAUUUCUCAUCCUGCCAUUACAGGCAAGGAGGCAGAACAUAAACCGCCAAGAAGACCAGAAAAACCAUCAGCGGAAAUCAAAGUAGCAGAUAAGAAAAAAGCAGAAAAAUCUCUGAGGGAAAAGAAAGAAAAAUAUGGAAUAACAGUUGAAAAGGCACCCUUGAAAGUAAAAUAUGCCAAAGUUCCAACAGAAAAAGAAGCCCAUUUUUAUCACAAUAUGACUACAGAAAAAAAUUCAAAAGCUGCAAAAACAGGAAAGGAAUAUUCUGAAAUAACCGCAAUUAAGAAAAAGAAAUCUGCUGUCCGCUACUAUCAGUGUGUCUUUGUAAAUGAAUUUAAUGGUUAUACACCUCAAUAUCCUGUUACUCCAGAAAAACCUUCUGACCCCAAGAUGAAGGCACGGAAACAAUAAUGUCCUGCAACCUGUGACAUUGCAACAAUUUUGCACUUUGCACCCACUUCAGGGGGUCAUCUGAAGUCCACUUGGCAUCUGUGACAAUGGAAAUAUGAUCCAACAGAUCACACGUGCUUGGAAAGGUUGUCUCCUUGUUGUUAGAGCGCCAGAGGCAAACUGAAGACAUCAUGUGACUGAGGAUAUCCAUACUACUUCCCUGAAGGAAAGCAUGGUGCGGAAAGAGUACUUGACAGAACGUGAAGUUCUGUGUGAAGGUGUAGACGGGUGUAUGUAUGUUAUGUCCAUAUAUUCUUUCAUGGUCUGUUUCUAGUUUCUGUUUUAUACCUAGUUAGCAUUGAAAACAUUUUCCAUGGAAUCAGUUUCGGAAAAUGUUGAAAACAAGAUUGGUCAUUUGCAGUAUUGUUUGCCAUCUGUGUUAGUGCUAAAUGAAAUGGCAAGUCAGUCCAUGCUAAACUUUUAAGUAACCAGACUCUAAUAAUAAAAUAUAUGUACGACAUGUGUUUUUUUUUCCGUAAAAGCAAGUGACAGAAUGUUUGCUAUUUGCAUAUAAGAGAGAUAUUUGGAUUAAGAAUAUCACCUAAAUUUCUCUUUACUUCCUAUUUGAAAUAAUAGGCUGAUAUCCCAGCACCAAAAUGAAAAAUAUAAUACUCCUGAUGAAAAUAUCUAAAAAUAUUAUACCUGCUGUCUAUCAGAAUAGGUCUCACUUUGUAAAUAAUAAUGUGUCUUUGCAACUAGUUGUCCCUGAUUUCUAUUAAAUGUAUUUUGUGUAUAUUGUUUUAUAUUUCUGUUUGCAAUGUCAAAUUGAAGAAAUUAUUGUAGGAUAACUUUUUACACAAAAAAUACAUCUGUAGUCUUUAACAUGAAUCAGUUUCAUAAGUUUCCAAAGGAAACUGUAUUACUAAAUCCAUAUAACUAAAAUGCUGACAUUUAUUUUGAGGAGAUGGCACAAGAUUUAGGUAACGAUGCCUAAAGAGGUUCAAAUAAUUCAUGACAAUGUUGCUUUUUCCUCUCUGUCUCUCUUUUUCUCCCUACCUUUUUAUGCCUUGGCCAUACUAAAUAUGGCUGGAGUUGAAUGCUACCUAGACAAUCUCCAUUACUGUAUUUUCAGCUAAUCUGAAAAAAAAUUACCUUGUGAAGGUAAUUUAUUGGGAAAAACAGUACAGGUAAACAGAGUAUUUGAUUACUCCCAGCUGUGGAAACGGUAAGGUUCAUUCUGUGUUAGACUGGAGGCUAAAUCAUAGACGAGUAAUAUAUGAAAAUUAUGAUAGAAAUAAAAGAUUGUUCUACUAAAAGAAUAAUCUUUUGGAAGUAUAAAUUUGUCCUCCUGCUUCCUUUGCUAUAACUUGUCAAUGGAGAAGCAAAAUGAGGAAGGGUGUGUCAAUAAAGCAGACAACUAAAGACUCUAGUGUUUUUUUAGAGUAUUUAUGAGAUGUGUUUUUGAUAUGUCACAAGGUAUUUGCGCUGAUUCAAAGGUGAUUGGCCUUGUUAGUAUCAUAUCAUGAUUGAUGAAAGCACCCAGACUUUUUAUAAAUGAUGAUACCUCAUAAGUAAUGUGAAGACUUUUAACUGUGCCUGAUUAUAUGGUAGAGUUGUAGAGCUGGCAUAGCAUUAAUUUUGUCACCAACUCAACCAUAUCAGGAAUUAUGAUCCACAAUGAGUGCAGAAGUUUCAGAACACAACUUUCUGAUUUGCCUCUUUUAGGUGGUUCAUAUCUACCUCUGAUCUUCCCAACACUUAAGGUUCUGUUCACUUUUCUUAUAAUUCUUAUAAUUCAUUUAUUAUUUGCUAUUCUUAGUAUAGUUUCAGUGGCUUUCCAAAGGCCUGCUGAUUUAAAUGGGUGUUUUUAGUCAAAUCGCACAAGGUUUCUUUAGAAUUUUACUGAAAUAUUGCUAAUUGUAGAGAAACUUUAUUUAGAUUAUUAAAAACUGUUAAGUUUUAUUGAAGCUAUCCCAAUUCCAUGUAACUGGAUAAAGUGCAAUAGCUUGAGAAAACAUUU